GGAGAGAUUGUUACAUCAAUUGGAACUAAUCAAACAUUAUAAGUCGUGCACUCUGCUCAUCCUCUCCGUACAGUCCGCCACCGCCACCGUCACCGUCACCGCCUUGGCCGCGACGGCCGACGGCUAUCGUCGAGGAAUAGUAUUCAACCACUGGUUAGGAGAUGGCUCUUCACCAGCCCUACGACACCUACUACCGCCCCCAACCACUGCCCGUUCCGUACGCCACUAGCAGCAGAGGGGAGCGCGAUAUGAUUCGAACAGUCUUCGUUUCGGGCCUCCCAGACGACGUCAAAGCGCGUGAAAUUCACAACCUAUUUCGUCGCCGUCCAGGUUUCGAGUCUUGCCAGCUCAAGUACACUGGCCGCGGAGAUCAGGUUGUAGCAUUUGCCACCUUUGUCGAUCAUCAAUCAGCAAUGGGAGUGUUGCACUCAUUAAAUGGUGUGAAGUUUGAUCCUCAAACAGGAUCCACUUUGCAUAUUGAACUCGCCCGAGCAAAUUCUAGGAGGACAAAAAGACCAGGGAGUGGGCCCUAUGUUGUUAUUGACAACAGAUCUAAAUCCAACAGAGAUGCAAAAGGCACGUCAAGUGAUGAUGGUUCGAAUGAUACCGAUUCUGAUGACCCAUCUAGGCCUAAUGAUUUUGAUUCUGGCAACAGGGAUGAUUCAUCAGAGAGGCGGCUGAAUGAACCUGAGACACAGAAUAACGGUGGUGAGAAACUGGGCGACUAUGGUAAUGUUUUGGCUGCACAAAAUGAACAGGCGGAGAAAACAGGAAAUGGUGCACAGCCGUGUUCCACUUUAUUUAUUGCCAAUCUAGGUCCUGACUGCACAGAAGAUGAACUCAAGCAAAUCCUUUCUCAGUACCCUGGAUUCAACACCCUGAAGGUUCGAUCUAGAGGUGGAAUGCCAGUUGCAUUUGCUGAUUUUAAGGAUGUUGAAAAAGCAACCGAAGUCAUGAAUGCACUUCAAGGAAGCACGUUGCCCUCAUCAGAUCGGGGUGGCAUGCACAUAGAGUAUGCUAGAUCUAAAAUGAGGAAGCCUUGAAUCACGUUUUUGGAAAAAGCUGUUGAGUACUCUGAGGGCCACACUGCUUUACUAAAAAGAGGACGAACCCCAUCCAUUAGGUCUCCUUAAAACUGGCACCACAAUUAUUUGGGAGAAGUUAAAUUGAGUUAUAAUCUCAAUUUAAACUUUAUUGGUUUACUGAAGCGUGAUGGCGAUGACUUCAUUAUCACAUUUGGUUUUUGCAUGUGGUAAAACUUUUCCAUUUUUAUUUUUUUGAUCAUGUACGAAUCUUAUACUAGUAAGUCGUUGCUCUUGUAUAUUGCCAUCUUUGAAGUACCCUAACCUAUACGGCCAAGUACUAUACGAAUUAUGUAGUAGUAGCUAAUCAUAUUUAAUGACUAUUUUCUGUCUUUAUAAGUUGGUCAAAAUUGUUAAUAAAUUGUUUUUAAUUCA